UUACUUUCGCCUUCCCGUUUCCCCGCCCGCAGCGGGUGCCGAGCGGCGCCGCGCCCCGGCGGAAGUGUCGGGGCCGAGGCCGGCGCUGAGGAGGGUGCUGAAGAUGGCAGGCAGCUCCCCUCCUUGGACUGGCAGCGCUUAUCUCUUCCUUCAGUCCACCUGCAAGACCAUCGCUCUGCCGUCCCUCUACGAGAGCUCCCAGAAGAAGCCUUGUGUGUUCAAGGCCCUGAAGCUGGCAUUAGCAGACUCCACUGGCAGCGUGAAUGGUGUGGACAUGCUCAAGGUGCACUGCAGCCACCCCCACCUGAUUGUGCAGCUGAGGUUCUGCAGGCAGGAGAACUGCCGCCGCUUCCUGCGCAGCUACCGCGAAGGAGCGCUCCAGAAAUCCCUCCAGAGCCACCUCCAGCUCUCCUUGGCCACAACCAUGGUGCCUCUGGAAGUGGAGCUGAAGGCUGGCAGUGAGCACCUUGACAAAAUGCUGAAGGAUGAGGAUCGCUGCCUGGAGUGCAUCUACAGAGAAAAGCCUGACCGCCUGCCGGAUGAGGAGAUCACGGAGCUGGAGGAAUGCCUCAAGAGCCUGAUGCUUCACCAGAGCACCAACAACAAUGUGGCUGGAAAAGACUGCUCAUCUCUCAAAUCCCCAUCUCAGCCUUAUCCUCCUCAAGGCAGCUCCCUUCCCACAGAGCUCACCUUCAUCUUUCAGGGACAACAGUUUGACAACAGAACAAUUACACCAGAUGACCACCAGAAGUUUGCCAAGUCCGUGUCCAAGAAGUGGAAGCAAGUGGGUCGCUCUCUGCAGAGGUCGUGCCGGGCCCUGCGGGACCCUGCCAUUGACACCGUGGCGCUGGAGUACGAGCGGGAGGGACUCUAUGAACAGGCCUACCAGAUGCUGCUCAGGUUCAUCCAGUCCGAGGGCAAGAGGGCCACCAUAGCACGGCUGGUCACAGCUCUGGAGGAGAAUGGUCUUGUCAGCUUGGCUGAGGAGCUCCUGGGCCUCCAUUCCAGUGAGGAGUGCUCCUAGAGCCCAGAGGACAGUGCCAUUGCUAAGGGGUUCCCUGCUUUAGCUACUGUAUGAAACUGCUGCCAGUGUCUGGGAAUGUAAAGUCCUGAAUAUCACCACAGGUUUCCAUCGAGGUGGAAAUGCUCAGGGGAGAGGUUCUGUGUUUGCAGAAGCCAGCAUGGACCUCUGACUUGCCUUAUUUCAUUGUGUUUCCAGAAAUAUAGCACUACCUUCCUGUGAAUGGUGAGAGGCUUUCACCUUGACUUCCUCCAGGACUGUGACAGGGAAGCAGCCAGACAGAGAGCCCUAGGGGAGAAUUAGGGAGAGGAGAAAAGCGAGCAAGGCUUCUCAUAGAAUUUCUAGGGGAAGCAGAAAAUGCCACUGCUUCUCAGGCUGUGUCCAGGGCCAUCACCUGGAGAGCUGCAUUAUAUUUUUACAUUGAAAACAUUUUUGCCCUCAGCCAUGACAUCAAGUAAAGAAAAACAAGAAAGUAAGGAAAUGUCAAUUUUACGUUAUUUUCCUUCUUUGUUUGAAGAACAAAGAACAUUCAUGGCCAGAAUAUCUGUUCUGCCCUGCUCUGUUAUAGCUCCUUCCCACCUCUCACCACCUGAAGGCUUUCCUUCUACCUGGGACAGCCACUGUCUUCCACAGGGUAAAAGAUUGCUGCUGUACAACAAAUGGCAGACACUGAACAAACAAUAUGGACAAACUCAAAUUCAGACAAUGAUUGUCAACAUUUUCUCAUCUAUGGUAGACAGUAAUAUGUUGAUUAGCUCUUGCCUGCCAGCCUGAAGGAGCCUGCAGCUAUGAAAAGCAAAACACAGUGCUGGAAGGAAAAGUCUCCUCAUCAGCAAGGUACCUGUGGAGCCUGGUUUGGAACUGCUGCCCUUAGGGCAUUGCAGCAUCAAAUGCCAUCCUCAGACCACAGAGCUGAGCAAUCAGCACACCCAGCUGGCUGCUCUCACUUCCUGACCACCCUCAGGCUGCUGGGUCCCCGGAGGGGACAGCUCACCCUGCUGUGUCCCACAGGUGGCAGGACCUACAGAGAGCCUUUCCCUGGCACUGUGUGACAAUCCAGCAUCAGCUGCCACCGUGCCUGAAUUCACCUGCACUGAUUUUUUAGGGUAAAAAUGGUUUAAGAGACAAAUCUCCCAAACCCCAGGGCUGGCUCCUGCUUUCAGUUCCUGUGGGAGAAGCUGAGUGUCUCCUGGUAUGGUUGGUGCAGACUGCAGCACAGCAGCUGCACUUCUGCUGUGACAAAGCACAGAGCAAUGAGUGUCUGCAUGACAUGGCUCCUGUGAAGCACAACAGCAGCUCAAUUACCUUUGCCAUAUUCCCAGUGCUUUCCUGAUAGGUUUUUACUAAUACUUUUCCAUUAAUUCUAUACUUUUUUCCCCCUCCUAUCAGUGGGAAUAGCCAGUGGGCUGUGGAAAUGUUUUCAGGUGCAGAGGGGGACUCCAGCCACACACACAAAGUCUGUGUGCACAUGACAAUAUCAGGCUGCUAGCAGCCAUGGUAGGAACAACUUUGAGCCCUUUGAAACCACAACUCACAUCUUACUCCUUCCCUGGAGUCAAAGCUGUGACUCAGUAAGGAGGAACACAACCUCAGAUUCAGGUGUGGGCUCAGAUCCAAGCUCCUGGGGCUGGAGACGUUGCCGUACCUUCUGCUGGAACAGCUGAGCAUCAGUCACUGGAGACCUGGAAGGGCAGGAUUCAGAUGGCCUGCUUUGAGCCAGCUGGGGUCCACAUGCCUCAGAUGAGCUGAGUAUCCCAUCCUUAGUGUAAGCCAGGGAAACAUCACUUGUUUUCUGCAGAUUUUGAACCCCUGAGGUUACAUACAGAACCAGGAAAGGAAGAGGGUUGUGUAUGGGGAGAAGGUUUUCAGGGUGGGAGUGAAUCUGUUUCCAUCUUGCCCCUACCUUCCAAGGAAGCAGGACUUCAUGCAGGCACCAUCUCUGCAUGUGGCUCCAUCACCUUUUAUGAAGCCAUUUUACAUCAGUGCCAUUGCAGUUUCAUCCCCUCCAUUCCUGCUCACACAUCCCACCCUCUCCCUUCCAGUAGUACCAGUGCUCUUCCUAAAUGAAGCAAUUACCUCUCUGACAGUUUUGCUUUUGGGGCCAACACAGUGGUGCUGAUCUUACCUAAUUUAGGCUACUGUGGAUCCAUACCUCAAAGUAUUUAGCUUUCCUGCCAAAUUCCAGCUGGGGAACUCUGUUUGGCAGAAACCCACCUGACAAAUCGUAUUUUAAAAAAUUGAAAAAUCAGAAACUAGAAAUUUACUUUAAGAGCAAGAGAGUUUGCUCUUGAUUUUGCAGAAAUUACUUUUUUAAGAAAAGUAAUUGUUGCCAUAUGCCAUAUGCAUAUGACCUUGCUUUUUAAGAAAAGAAGGUCACAUGCAUAGCCUGCUGUCUCAUUUGCAAUUAAUUUUUCUAAGCUCUCAGACCAGCUAUUUGUGCACAACUUGCACAUAUACUUAUAAGGCAGCCACUGAGUAGUGAGAAUUACUAGUUUUUCUAGCAUCUGUAAAUGCUCAAAAUGAGAAACUCUUAUUAUUCAGCAUCUACUUCAAGUCCAGAAAACUUUGUUACUGCUGUUACUGUUUUACAGAGGACUAACCAUGAAUACUUUCUUCUGAAUGUAAACGUUUUCUUUCUGCCAGUAACUGGCAUGUGUAUUUCCUCUUACUCACAUAUUCCCUGUUAUAAUUCCCCCUCAGAAGUGCCAUUAAGUGCUGGAGCCCCUGGCAAUCUUUCUGGAAUGUCUUAAUCUUCAACAGCAUUCACAGGUGCCUUCAUUGCAGAGUCUUGAAGGAAAAGGGCUUUUCAGUGAUGUUCCAUGGUGAAAUUGUCUCCAGCACAUGGCAUGGUUUGGGACAUAGCAGUGGCUGUUUCAUACCUCCUUUUCCAUGAGCAGUCAUCAUCCUGGUGGGAGAUAAGCCAUGGACAGUGCUGCUGCUGGAGAAAUUGGCCUUAUGCCAGUACCUGCUCUUCUCCAUAUACUGAGAUAUAUCUGUGAAAAAGAAAAAAUCAGGGGUGUUUCAGAAUCAAACACAAUACUAAAAGCAAAUAAAGGUGCUAAUCAGUUGCAUAUAAAAUCUAAACCAGAAAAAAACAUAGAACAAGCAGCAGAAAUCAGGCCAAAAUGUGCUUACAGGAAGAGAUCCAAGAGGGCUUUUUUUUCUGGUACAGAUUGUUUUUAUCGUUUUAACCAUGUUUCAGAUUUGAAGGAGCCUCCAUUCAGUCAGCCAGAAGGAAUAAAAGAUCCAUCCAAAGGAGAAUUUGAAUGACUUGUUUUGGCAUAGCUGACCUACAGUGUUCAAACAGAUGAUAAAGAGGAGAGUGAAGUUAAAAUGCUCCCCAGAUAUACUUUGACAUGAGGUAUCUGAUAGAAGCAAACCUGACAGGAUCCCUUGAUACAGAAUUGUCUCAAAGGAGAAGAGACAAUUUUGCCUCUGUUUAUUUUGCCUUUCAUUUCAAAAGCAAGUUUCUCAUCGAGGAGCUUUCCUGCUCUCUGGGUCACUGUCUCCCCUCUGUGUUCCCAAGGAACCACACCCUGGCAGACUGAAACCAGGAGUGAGCAUGGGCGGAAUGAGG